GUUUUAUGAGAAGGUCCGAGCGCUGCACCAGGACCCCAAGGCCUCGGUGGACAACCCCUUGCUGGCCUUCAGCCUCAUCAAGCGUCUUCACUCUGACUGGCCCAACGUCGUCUACAGUGACGAGGCCACCGAGAACACCCAGGCACUCCAUGCUGGCUUCAGGGAGGUGGAGCAGGAGCUGCCCGGAGCCGAGGACCUUGAUGGCGCCGCCCGGGCGCUGAUGCGGCUGCAGGAUGUCUACGCGCUCAGCGUCAAGGGCAUGGCCAACGGCGUCUUCCAGCAAGCUGGCACCGCCCGCCCGCUCCUCUACAGCCCCAGCCGGCGUGUCUCCCUCUCCGCUGAUGACUGCUUCCAUGUGGGCAAGCGCCUCUCCUACGGCAACUGGAACCCCGAGGACCGGAGCAGCCUGGAGGAUGCUCUGGACCAUCUCGCCUUCUCCUACUUCAUGGCUGGAAAUGGCUCCCACGCCUUGGGCCUCUCCAAGGGGUUUCUCCACUACGCAACAUCCCCCCCUUCCUUCCCACCACGUGUCCUCCAGCUGCAGAGGCCCGUGGUCGCCUCCGGGGAGAAGCAGCAGAAAGCCGAGUACCGGAUAAGCAAGAGCGCCUGGCUGAAGGACACGGCCGACCCGGUGGUGCGGGCAUUGGAGCAGCGCAUCGCCGCCGUCACCGGCCUGGACCUGCGGCCACCCUACGCCGAGUACCUGCAGGUGGUCAACUAUGGGUUGGGAGGCCACUACGAGCCACACUUCGAUCACGCCACGUCCAGGAAGAGCCCCCUUUACAGAAUGAAGUCGGGCAACAGGAUCGCCACGGUCAUGAUCUACCUGAGCGCAGUGGAGGCCGGCGGCUCCACGGCCUUCAUCUACGCCAACUUCAGCGUGCCCGUCGUUAAGAACGCGGCUCUCUUCUGGUGGAACCUGCGGAGGAACGGGGACGGUGACGGGGACACCCUGCACGCCGGCUGCCCCGUGCUGGCCGGGGAUAAGUGGGUGGCAAAUAAGUGGAUCCACGAGCAUGGGCAGGAGUUUCGGCGGCCGUGCGGCGCUGACCCGCGAGACUGA